UGCUCAUCCUCGAGACCUCGGCAUAGACCUAUCACAAGGAGCCCAAGGCGAAUCGACCAAACGAUUACUUUGGCAUGGCAGCGCCACUCGAAUCAACAAAGUCUGAAUUAAAGCAGGCCAACCAACUGGCAGGACUGCGGCAUGUCCUGUGAAGGAAUUCCAGAGUCGUCAGAGACACAACAACCUCAGAAUGAGUGCCAACAAAAUACUCCUGCGUUACUAUCCGCCGGGUCUGGCCAUAAAUUACAGAACCCUGAAAGGCAACGAGCGCCUGCGGCACUUUGAUCUGCUUGACCUAGAUACCAAAACAGAUAUUGAGCCUCUGGCGGAUAAGAUUCUGAUGCAAACUUUAGCCGAGGCGGAGGAGGAGGACAAAUCCCCCACGGCUGAGGAGAAAUCGUUGGUAACUCGUCCUUUUAGCGGAAGUGUUAGCAACUCCCAGACCACAUUCAGUGCCUUGAAGCAGGCUCUGGGAAAACUCCAGAGAAAGCUUCGGGAACCAGUUAAAAAGAAGUUUUAUUUGCACAAAUGCCACACUUCCCACAUCCUGCCCCUGACGAAUGUGUGCUUCGACCGGAGCGGAGAUCGGUGCAUCACCGGAAGCUAUGAUCGCACCUGCCACGUGAUCAACACUCAAACAGCUGAGGUGGAGCACAUCCUUACUGGGCACGACAAUGUGGUGUUUUCGGUGGACUUCAAUCAUCCUAAUUGUGACAAAGUAGUGACUGGAUCUUUUGAUGGCACUGCCAAGGUUUGGUCCACCGGCAGUGGACAAUGUCAGUGCACCUUUUACGGACACACUGCUGAGCUGGUGGCCGCUGAGUUUCAUCCGGUGAACUCCGGCAGUAUAGCCACUGCUUCCAUGGACGGCACUGCCCGGAUAUACGAUGUGGAGACUGCUCACGAGCUCCAACAAUUGACGCAUCAUGGAGCCGAAGUAAUCGCCGCCCGAUAUAAUCGCGAUGGGAACUUGCUCUUAACAGGAUCUUUUGAUCAUACGGCAGCUAUUUGGGAUGUGAGGAGUAAAAACCUCUGUCAUCAGCUGCGGGGUCACAGCGCUGAGUUAUCCAAUUGCAUUUGGAACUUUAGUGGAUUGUUGAUAGCCACCGGUUCCCUGGACCACACUGCUCGGAUUUGGGACACUAGAAAGCUGGAUCGCGAGCUCCAUUUGGCGGCCAAGCACAGUGACGAAGUGCUAGACAUUAGCUUCGAUGCCGCUGGAAGACUUUUGGCCACCUGCAGCAGUGACUGCACGGCGAGGGUGUGGCAACUGGAGGGAUCCUCGGAGCAGCUGGAGAUGCUAUCGCUGAUGGCUGGACACACGGAUGAGGUGUCCAAGGUGUGCUUCAGUCCCGGUGGUUGUAUGCUGCUCACAGCCUCGGCGGAUAACACGGCCCGCCUGUGGCUCGCGGAUUCAGGAAUGUGCUCCCAGGUGCUUUCCGGGCACGAAGCCGAGGUCUUCAGUUGCGCCUACAGCUACUCCGGCGACGCGAUUCUUACCGCUUCCAAGGACAACACGUGCCGGUUCUGGAGGUGAUAUGACUGGUACACAGUUCAGCUGAACGAAGAUUAGUUGUCCUGUUUACCAAAAAGAAACUGAGUGAAAGCAGAGGUUUGGUGUUUUUUUUUUUUAUCAACAUUUACUACAAACUCGAGCGUAAUUUUGCUUUUCUCUCUUAAGAUUUUCAUCAUCAACUUGCUUCUUAUAAAUUAAUAGUUCUUAGUUUUCAUUCUUUCUUUAAGAUCGGACAUUAUUGUGGGGUUGCGUUUUGUUUUGCUUACUUUAGGAUUUAGGUAUUACUUUCUCGUUUCCAUACAUAGAUAGUUACAGAUUUUGUUUGCUAUUUUGGUUUUUUUUUCCUUUCUUUUCUGUAUUUUUUUUCACUUUUUUUUGUUGUUUACUUUACAUUAUUAAGUUUCGCUUUCACUCCACGCGAUACAUUUUUCUCAUAUACAUAUACAAAAUAUGAACAAAAAGUGUUUUCGGUAACAAACAUUUUACAACUUACAUAAGUCCGCUUCGUUUCGGAAUCAAUAGUUAAUACAUAGUUUUGAAAAAUAAAAAAUUCUGAUAAACAAAAAUUAGAGCGGAAUGACCCGCCUACAUUUUUAUUUUCUUUUCAAUAGUUCGCUAUUUAUAUUUCUUUCCAAUAUUUGUGGAAGUUUGUUUGAAGUUUGGACUGAUGAUUACUGAUUGAUGAGGUGUGACGGAACGAUAGGGCACACAGAGGGUUAACAUUCACAUGGAUAGACAGACAAGGUCCUUCAGAGUCGAUCUGUUCAGAUAAAUCUGAUGUAGUGGUAUCUGGUGUGCUGCUGGCUUUGGCUUUGAGCCAUCCGCUGUUUAGUCCCAUUUCGGUUCUCUGAGGUCUGCUUAGGUACGCUCUGUUCUAGAUCUCUUCUAUAUCUUAGAGUUGUGUGUGGUCGUGUGUGUUGGCUGUUCGUUUCUUGUGUUUUAGGACUGGCUUCGUAUAAAC